CUGUCGUUGACUCCUUGCCCUGGCCUGCUCGGCAGUGCCGAAGCCUACUUCUGAGCUUCCAACUGUUUUCGUCGUGCCGUGCUUUUCCAGUUGUUUUCUGCACACGAUAAGAAAUUUGUAGCGAUAUGCCUGUACCCUUGACUGACCUGCUGCGGGUUCUGCCUGACGAGCACCGCGCAUUCAUCCUCGGGGACACCUUUGCCGCUGGCACGGCUGACUGCCGCCUGGUGUCGCGCGAGAUGCGAGAGCUAUUUGAUGGCACCGUCAAGAACGUGGAAAUCCACUUCACACAGGCAGCCAUCGACCGUUGGCGACCAAGCACGCGCUCGCCCCUUGCGAUGUUCCCCUCCUGCACGGGCCUGACCAUCGCGCUGGGAGAAGAGGCCAAGUGCAGCAGCCGCGUGGGCCUCAUUUUGGUUGGCGCCGCGGCGCAGGCGAGGCAGCGCGUCACGCGGCUUAUCAGCGCCGUGCGGUCCAUGAACAUCGACGCGCUCCGUGUGACGGAGGCACUGGUCGCGCAGCUUCCGUGCCUGGAGGUGGUCGAGUUCCACGGGUCUUUCGACGUGGCAACCGACUGCGACAACGGCAAAUGGCGGGAGGCGCGGUCGGCGGCCAUCUUCAGCACCCUAGGCGCCUGCCUCCCCCGCCUUCGGCGCCUGCAGCUGCCGACCUCCGCAGGCCUGGCCGGCGUGGGCGCGCUGGCAGCCUGCCCGCAGCUGCGCGAGCUUGACUUCUGUCAUGCAAGCGGCGGCCCCAUGUCGAGGACUGACCUGUUCAGCGAGCUUGCCCAGCUGCAUUCGCUCGAGGUGCUCUGGGUUUCUGGUGACGCCCGGGAAAUGUACCGCUGCCUGACACCCUUGCUGAGCCGCCACCGGCCGCCCAGCCUGCGCACCCUGCGGCUUGAAGGAGGGGCCGCACUCGUGGUGGAUUUCGAGCCGGCUCCAGCGGGGCAAGCAGCCGGGGCUGCGGCGGCGGCGCCGGGCCAGCGCUGGGGCAUUCGCAGCGUGCGCCUCACGAAGCGUAGGGCGGAUGGGUAUGCGGAUGCAUCCUUGCAGCCCGCGCUGGGCCACGUGAUACGCGCGGUGACGGCGGCCGCAGACGAGCUGCAGCAACGGAUCCCGGAACUGGUGGUGGAGCACCUGGACUUGAAGCCGUUUGCUCACAGUGAUGACGUGGCGGUGCUGGCGGAGGCGCUAGCACGCCUUGCCAGGCGCUGCGAGCGGGUGGAGCUCUGGGAAAUGGUGUGGUUUCCCCGACUCCUGGGUCCUGCGGACAUAGUGGCGCUGGUGCGGGUGCUGGGGCUGCCGCGCAGGCUGCAGCUGUGCCAGGGGCCGGUCGCGCGAAGUCGGCUGCUGCGGCCGGGUCUGCGCGCUGCUGUACGGCCGCCAGCAGCAGCAGACCGUCACUCGCAGCAGCAGCAGCAGCCUGGAGGGCCGGAGCGCCCAGGCGGGGCGGUGGCGGCUGAUCAGCCAGGAGAGCAGGGGCAGCAGCAGGGGCAGGGGCAGGGGCAGGGGCAGGAGCAGGAGCAGGAGCAGGAGCAGGGGCAGGGGCAGGGGCAGGGGCAGGGGCAGGGGCAGGGGCAGGGGCAGGGGCAGGGGCAGGGGCAGGGGCAGGGGCAGGGGCAGGCGCAGGCGCAGGCGCAGGGGCAGGGGCAGGGGCAGGGGCAGAGGUCGGACCUGGCUUUGCGCAUGUAUGCGGAGCUGCACCUGGAGACCGCCCGGCCUUGGGAGGUGCUGAGCGAGGCGAUGAAGCGCCUGUGGGCGGCGGCAACGCGGCGGAAGGCGGGAGGAGGCAGCGGCGGCGGCGCCGGCAGCGGCAGCGGCAGCGGUGGCGGCGGCGGCGGUGGCGGCGGCGGCGGCGGCGGCGGCGGCGGCGGCGGCGGCAACAGUGGCUUCCACGGCACUGCUGCUGCUGGCGCUUCUGACCCAGAUGACGACUCAGAUGCGCUGCCGCACCUUGUGAUGGUACGUUGCGUACCGCUGCCGCCACCGGCGCAGGUGCCGGGCGGCUUCGGCCCGGCAUGGGUGGACGCGGCCCUGAGGCUGUGCCUGCGGCGCAAUCCACACCUAUACGCCGGGAGGCCGCGCCAGCAGCAGCAUGAUGAGGCAGCGGCAGGGGCAGCAGCGGGCGCCGCCGCCGCGCCGGGGCGCACGGGAGCGGCGCGCCACCGCCACCGGCGCCUGCUCAAGGACGGGGCGUGGUGCCUCCUUGCGCCGCAGGUGGUCGCUAUGGUGCUGGAGUGCUCGUCCCGGGCGGCGGCGGUUGAGCUGGCAGCGAUGGUGAACGGCAGCACGGAGGAGGAGGAGGCGGCAGCGGCGCCGGCCGGGCCGCAGGCACUGGCGGUGGCUGCAGAAGCUGCGGCCGGCGGGGGCGGUGCCGGCGGCGGCAGCAACGGCAUGUCUGUGUAUGCGGCUGUGAUUCCUCGCCGGGUUGCCCAGGUCUGGCGCCAAGGCGUCGCCACUGUCCUCCACAAGCUUGUGAUGCAGGUCCUGUUGGAGUUGUGGGACAAGUCAGCGCUGCAGCCCACUCUUGCCGGCCCGAGCGGCGGCAGCGGAGCUGCUGCUGGUGGCGGUGGUGCCAGUGGGGCCAGUGGGGCCGGCGGCGGAGGCGGCAGCACAGGGGCCGAGGGCCGCUGCGACGCGGCCGGGGCCCACCUGGGGGAGGAGUCGUUGAGGCGGCUGGAGGGGUUGCUGAGGCUGGAUGCCGAUGUGGCCGUGAUGUGCAAAUGGAUUGUGUACUCUAAGGAGUAGUGAGGGAGUGGGAGAAACAUGGCUUGCGCGUGGUGUGUGUGAAUCACGGUCGGGGUCUUAAGGCCGGGAUGCCAGCGGCGCAGUGACUGCUGGGGCGUGCGGUUGCUGGGGCGUGCGGUUGCUGGGGCAUGCGGUUGCUGGGGUGUGUGCGGUUGUUGGGGCAUGCAGUGGAGCCGAGCCAUGCAGAUACAUAGAGGCGGUGUAGCAGGGGCCACGUGUGACAGGACUUGGCGCUUUGUCCAUGGCUGUACAUGAGACCUGCGUAUAUAUCUUAUGCGGCGCGGGUUGUUCAUGGAGUUCAACCGUUUGGGUUGGAUUGGGGACCCGCCCACAGACCUCACGCACAGACCUGCAUGGCCAGCAUUGGCAAUGGCGGCUGGCAGCGACAGGCCGGGCAGGCGCGCCGGGUUAGUUGUAUGUACCGCCGAUCUCAAUCUAAACCCCCAU